AUGGCUGACCGUAGAGGUGUGCGCUCUGCAAACCGGCGCAAAACACCCACCCCACAACCACCCGACAAAGCCACAGCUCCGCAAUUGGGACGCGUAUCGCGAACACGCACUUUGCGUAGUGCGAGCCGUGAAGUAGAGGACUUGGUCGACGUGCAAAAGCCCACUCGCCGAGGUGCGCGACAAGGAAGCGUCACGACUGUAACCGAAGAAAGUCAAAUUGAGGCACGAACAGCGCGCAGCACAAAGCGCCAACCCGCCAAAGAGACGUUGGGAGACCUCACAAUUGUCGAGGAAAUGGACACCCAGGUUGCGAUAGAAGAGGACGGAUAUAAUGUCGCGCCCGGUACGCCGACGCGCUCGCAGCCUGAAGAUUCCGUGCCCUUCUGCUCGCCAGGUGCCGCCUCCGAGAUGUCUGGUACCACUGCCAUUUCCUCGUUCAGUAUGGUCGAGGCCGAGUGUUUAGAGUCCAGGUUCAUUCUAAAGCACUUGCGCAAGCUAUGCGAAUCUACCGAAGAGUUCUUGGAGCACAUCGCGCCCGCUGAAGGUACAAUGCGAGACGAUCUGGCAAACAUACAAGAGAUGCAAAAGCCGGGCUCGUACUACGGCGAGGAGUAUCUCGACUACGACUUAGAGGUGAACGUGCAUCUCAAGCACUUCAAGAGCGAGGAGCACAGUUAUAUUCACAUCCGAGCACUUCACCGCGCCCUAUUUGGCACAAACGAACCUGCAGCUGCAUCACAAACCGGCUUGGACCUUGUCCUAUUCCAGGCAAACUUACUGAUAUUCGCAAAGCAAAUGAUGCACUCCAAUCGAGACGAUAAGAGAGUAUGGGAUGUGCUGCGACAACUGGAUAAUACCUUUCCAGGCCAGUUCAUGCACUCACUUGAGCGCGACGCACAACCCACUGCUGUAGGUGAGAGCGCAUUACUCAAAGAGACAUUUGAACUCGCACUUGAACUGCGGACACAGCUAGCAAUUCUGGUGCUGCAGAAAUCAAUGGACAACACUGAAUGUAACCCCGACGAGAUGGUUAGCGAGAUCUUCUUUCGCUCAGAGUCAUCGCAGGCUGUGGACGGUUCUCCAAUUCGUGGAUGGAACAUGUCGGCAUUAGGAGGGGACGAUUCUCCGUUAUCCCAGGAAUUUCAAGAUCAGGUUGUGAAACGACUGAAUAAGAUUCGAGAGUACUUUCCGAUGGACGACCCUUCCUCCGAGCGCGGGGAGGUUGUUGAUAUAGAACGCUUGAGAGCAUAUUUUCCAUGGGAGCCAGCCAUCCUUCGUUUACUAGAAUGGGUGCGUCUACGGCGAAGUGAACUCGACGCUGUCAUCGGAAGCCUUGGUGGGUCCAUCGCAAUCGCACGCAAUGUCAAGCGGGUAUUUGAAGAGCCACAUCAGGUCGUCGAGCAAGCUCCAGUCCAACAACAAUCACUGCGGAGGAAGCGGAGAUCGUUUGGAGGAGGCAGACGACGAAGCAGCCGUAAAUUUAACCCAACCGCUCCCGUGGACCCGACAGUCAUGGACAAGUGGGCAGAGAGAGAACGCGACUCUGGGGUGCACUUAGAAGUAAAUGUGCAGGAACAGGGAGAACCCCAUGUCCAACCAGCAGUUCAUGAAAUCGAGGUUGACCAAUAUAUCAUGGAAAACCAGCAAGACGACUUCCAGCCUAUACUUGGAGACGAUGAAGAGCCAGAAGAACAGCAACUGGAAGAGCAACCAUCUGACGAACAGCCACCCGUAGAGCAACAGAUUGAAGAUGUUGAAGAACAGGUCGAAGAAGUGGAGGAGCAGAUUGAACAGCCCGAGGCGCCAGGUCCCCCACAAACUUCCGCGGCCUUACUCAGAGCGCUGAAAGCCGGAUCAAGACCACAAAAAGAGAACCGCCCUGUAUCGAUAUUCGACAGACAGGCCACUGCGCAGCGCGUCGAGUUUGGCGAUGGAUUCGAUGAUACGCAGCCGACGCCGGGACCAUCGAGCAUACCCAAAGCAAAAGAUCACACUCAGACCUCACCACGCAAACGUCGAAGGCCAAUUGAUGAUUCAGACGACUCAGACGCGGACGCGUUUGAGACGGAGGACCGUGGUGCCCGUGCUACAGAACGCCGACGACAUGCACCCGUAACCAAGAAAGUCCGCAUGAAUCCUUCAUCCUCUGCAGCAGCACCACCAAGCCACCAGCCACCCCGACCCACCCCACGCCUCCCGCGAGAACUCGAACAAGCAGAAUCCGUCUCCGAACCAGACGCUCCAGAAAUGACCGAGGAGGUACCUUCAUCCCUCUACCAAGCCCAAACACAACUCGCAAAAGAAAACCGGCUCCUCGAAAUCCCUCAGCGACGAAAUGAACGCAAAGCUCGCCAGGAAUGGACAACUGGGGCAGAAGAGGCGUUUUGCGAGUACAUGAGGUUGUAUCCGGCCAAGUACUCUGCAAUUAUCAAGUAUGAUGCAGCACAAGAGCAACCCAUGUUGGAGGGUCGUACGCAGGUCAAUCUCAAGGAUAAGGCGAGGAAUAUGGCGAUAAACAUGAUCAAAUCUGGAACGGGACUUAUGCCUGGGUUUGAGAAUAUUGUGCAUCCGAAUGAAAAGUAUGGGAAGGGUUUAGUGGCUAGUGGGUGGGAGAUGAGAGGGGAUGGUUCAUGGGAGCGAAGAGGAAGAUGA